AUGGCAGCUACGAUGGAUUUCUUCAGUAGCAGCAGCAGAUCAGUUCAGUCGGAUCUAUACGGAGACGAACUGAUGGGAGCACUUGAACCUUUUAUGAAAAGUGCUUCUUCCCCUUCUUCGGUAGCAGCAGCUUCUUCUCCUCCAUCCAUGGCCGUUGUUACACCUUCCCUUUCUGAAACCUUUUCUUCCUCAUCCACCUCGCUUCCUUCUACUUCCUACUCUUCUUCCACUUCACCUCCACCUUCUGGUUAUCUUUCAUUUUGUUCCCCUUCUUUCUCUCAGCAGCAGCAGCAGCAGCAACCUUCUUUCUUUUACCCAGACGGGCUCAACCAUCUUACCCCUGUCCAAAUUGACCAGAUCCAAGCUCAGAUCCAGACGAACCACCAGCAGCAGCAGCAGCAGCAGCUCUGUUUCCAGAACUUCCCUGUUCAGCACCAGCAGCAGCACCAGCACAACACGCUCAGCUUCCUGGCGCCGAAGCCUGUCCCGAUGAAGCCCGUGAAGCUCUAUCGGGGAGUGAGGCAGAGGCAUUGGGGGAAAUGGGUCGCCGAGAUCCGUCUCCCCCGAAACAGGACGCGCCUCUGGCUCGGAACGUUCGACACCGCCGAGGAAGCCGCCUUGGCUUACGACAAGGCGGCGUUCAAGCUCCGCGGCGACUUCGCCAGGCUGAAUUUCCCCAGCCUCCGCCACCAGGGGUCCCACGUCGAGGGCAAGUUCGGCGAGUACAAGCCCCUCCAUUCCUCCGUCGACGCCAAGCUCGAAGCGAUUUGCCAGAGCUUGGCGGAGAACGGCGGGAAAGGAGCGGCAACUGCAAAGAAGGCUGCUGCUGCGGCUGCCAAAGCCGCAGCGGUGGUGAAGGAGGAGAAGGUGUCCCCCGUUGCGACGGAAAGCGAUGGGUCAGGAGGAUCAUCGUCACCUCUAUCAGAUCUGACGUUUCCGGAGUUCGAAGAGGCGCCGUUGGAUCAUGACACUGGGAACUUCAAUUUGGAGAAGUGCCCUUCUUACGAGAUCGAUUGGGCUUCCAUUUUAUGA